GAGGCGCCUACUCUGAGAGGUGGUGAACGUGCUUGUGGUGGCGUUGCAGUAGCUCCAGUAUCGGUUGCAGUGCCCUUGGCGGCGCUCUUUCACGCCAGCGUGGCUCAUUUCUGCAACCCUGCUACUGCUGUCCUCCUCUGCUUUCAGUCCAGCACAGUCGCAACCAUGGCCCUGCUGAAAUCCAGCAAGAUUAUUUCAGCUGUCGGAGUUUACAGCCCCGCUCUGGGCGUGCUGCCUCUCCGUGCGAGCUCAUGGUGGUCUGAGGUACAGAUGGGCCCACCUGACCCCAUCUUGGGGGUCACAGAAGCUUUCAAGCGUGACACCAACCCUAAGAAGAUGAAUCUUGGAGUGGGAGCUUAUCGUGAUGACCAGGGCAAGCCCUAUGUCCUUAACUGCGUCCGCAAGGCUGAGGCUCAGAUUGCUGCCAAGAACCUGGAUAAAGAGUACCUUCCCAUUGGUGGCCUGGGAGAUUUCACAAAGGCUUGUGCACAGCUGGCUCUUGGACCUGACAAUGAAGUCCUCAAGAGUGGCAGGAGUGUCACCGUCCAGACCAUCUCAGGAACCGGAUCUCUCCGUGUUGGAGCUAACUUCCUGGCACGAUUCCACAAUGCAGGAAAGGAUGUGUAUCUGCCUAAGCCUUCAUGGGGCAACCACACACCCAUCUUCAGGGAUGCAGGCAUGCAGCUGAAAGCUUACACAUACUACGACCCAAAGACCUGUGGCUUCGACUUCAGUGGGGCCCUCGAUGACAUUUCAAAAAUUCCAGAGAAGAGUGUGAUUGUACUGCACGCGUGUGCACACAACCCCACAGGAGUGGACCCAAGACCUGAACAGUGGAAAGAGAUGGCUAGUGUGAUCAAGAAAAGAAAUCUGUUGGUGUUUUUUGACAUGGCCUACCAGGGCUUUGCCAGUGGGGAUAUUGACCGGGAUGCUUGGGCUGUGCGCCAUUUCAUUGAGCAAGGCCACAACAUUGUUCUCUCCCAGUCCUUUGCUAAGAAUAUGGGUCUAUAUGGUGAGCGUGUUGGAGGCUUUACGGUGGUGUGCAAGGAUGCUGAGGAGGCCAAGCGUGUGGAGUCACAGUUGAAGAUCCUCAUCCGGCCAAUGUAUUCCAAUCCCCCCAUGAAUGGUGCCCGCAUUGCCUCAACCAUCCUUACCACACCCGAACUCUACAAGGAGUGGCUGGUGGAGGUGAAAAGCAUGGCUGAUCGCAUCAUUAAGAUGAGGGAGAUGCUCGUCUCAAACCUCAAAAAGGAAGGAUCCACUCACAACUGGCAGCAUGUCACCGACCAGAUCGGCAUGUUUUGCUUCACUGGCCUCAAACCUGAGCAGGUUGAGCCUCUGAUCAAAGAAUACUCCGUCUACAUGACGAAAGAUGGCCGUAUCUCCAUGGCAGGAGUGACCUCUGGAAACGUUGGCUACCUGGCACACGCCAUUCAUGCUGUCACUAAGUGAAGCCAGUGUCCUGUAGUGUUUGCAGACUGUAGUGGAGAGAAGGAAAUUGGAGUUGCACAGAAAAAAAAGGAAUUUCAUAUAAAUUAAUUUAGUAUCUCUUCUUGGGAGUGUAAUACUGUAUACUGAGAGCUCUUCUUCAAACAUCAUUCGUUUACCUGCGAAGAGCCCCUUAAACAUAGGCAGACCCAGGACAAGUUUAACAAUAGCACUUAUCAUGCAUUUCCCUUUGAUAAAAAAUAGUAUUUUAGGUAAAACUAAAUUGAUAUUGUACAUAAGAGAAAGUUCCCAAAGAGCACAGCAUGUUGGUGGUCUUUUUCCCCACUGCUGGUAAAUGAACUAUACCAUACAAAAAAAGCCAAACCCAUUAUGAGGAAAAUGUAAGGCUAACGUGUAAAACUAAGUCAGCAGUUCCUUGAAUGCUUAUCACUAAUGUGUGGUAUUUUAAACCGAUAAUUUGACCACAAGAAUCAGUAACCAGUAACCUUGGUUUGUGGUCUUUGUCCCAGCAGCGUUCAUGGGUAAUUAUUGUGCUACCAAUGGAGCAAAGGCACUUUUCAGUGGAGACCGUAUGUGUUAAGGAGUGAAGGUGACAGACUGGGCAUGGAGUGUGAUUAGGGUGUGCUCUCUUGUCUGUAAUUUAUUGUAAUGUCACCUCAGUCUGUCAUCUCGUAAUUCUAGCUCAGAUAACUCCAUUACGAAUCUUGAACUGAUGAUAGAUAAAUAGUCUCUCAUUUAGAGGAGGCUGCACUGCACUGUACUCAUCUUUGCACAAAGAUACAUCCCGCUACUUACUGGGUGGGUGUGAAUUAUGUCCUGGUCUUUAAUCAUUUAUUUGUAAAUAUAUUAUAUAACCACAGUGUGUCUGAUCCAGAUCUGUUUAUUCAGUGGUUAAAAAACAGCCUAAAAGGAUAAACGAAUAAUCAAUAGUUCAUUUGAAUUCAAAAAAGUUACAUUUCUUGUGCUGUGUGUCGAGGUGAACGUUGCCUCUCUAGUCUGUUCACCUGUAGCUAAAGUCUGCCAUCCAGUGGCUGUGGGAGUAUAGGCUGCGCACAGAUUAGACACAGGCCUUAGACUUCAGCAUUUUCAGUAAAGGAACAGUUCUGACUGUGUUACGUCAGUGUAAGGAAUGUCACUGACUUGCCCAUGCCAAACAAACAGUUUCUCUUCUCAUGAGGUUAAAUGCAUGAUUUGUGACUUUGGUAGUUUAUAAAUGGUUAUUUAGUUUCUGUGGAGCUUUGGUUCAUGGUUCUUGUCAUUCCAAAAGCAGACUCAGUUAUCAGAUUCUCAAAGUUUUCUCAACACACGUGUCAACCGUGUCAAUAAAUGAAAUGUCAUAUGUGUAACUCGUACCUUAUGCAGUAAGCAAAUAAAGGUGAGCUUAAAAAAAA